AUGCGGAGCAAGAAGAGAGGGGGCAUCACACGGGCAGACUGCGUCCUGAGGACAAGAGACAAGGCUCGAAUUCCGAAAUGCAGCCCACAGAGCCUCUCGGGUGUAGUCGCCUUGGAGACGGUCAACUCCUUUCGGGUCCGUAGUAGAAAGGGGAGGGUGCGAGCCAGCGUGCGCGCGCAGGAGUCCCGCCUCCCGGCGUCUGCGGUUGGCUGUCGCUCAGCGAAGGAAGCGGAAGUGGAGGGGAGGGAGGGGCGGGCCGGGCUCCGCCGCGAGCCCAUUGGCCGCGGCCGUCCCGUCGCCUCGCGCUAUUGGCCGGGCGCCGUCGUGCGUCAGCCUGCGCUUCGGGCCGCAGACCGGAUCGCUGGCUCGCUAGCGUCGGCCGGUUCCCGCAGGGAGGGUUCCCGCAGCCGGCUGGCGGAGCGGGCGGCGCCGCGUCUGGCCGAGCGCGGGCCGGAGCAGGGCGGAGCGGCCGACGACGGGCGGCGCCAGGCCCGACCACCGGGAGGAAACAUGCCUUCUGAGUCCUUCUGUUUGGCUGCCCAGUCUCGACUUAAUUCCAAAUGGCUGAAGACAGAUAUCCAGCUCGCAUUCACAAGAGAUGGACUCUGUGGUCUGUGGAAUGAAAUGGUUAAAGAUGGAGAAAUUGUGUACACUGGGACAGAGUUAACCCAGAAUCGAGAGCUCCCUUCUAGGAAGGAUGAUGGUGCUGAUACUCAGAAUGGAACCAAGAAAGAAGAUCUUACUGACAAAGAGAAGAAGGAGGAGGAAGAGAUGCCUGCACCCGUGUAUAAAGUCAAAUCAAUCCUGGAGAGUUGGGUGUGGGGCAAGCAACCAGACGUGAAUGAGUUGAAGGAGUGUCUUUCUGUGCUGGUUAAAGAGCAGCAAGCCCUGGCUGUCCAAUCAGCUACCACCACACUCUCGGCCUUGAGGUUGAAGCAGAGGCUGGUCAUCUUAGAGCGCUAUUUCAUUGCCUUGAAUAGAACUGUUUUCCAGGAGAAUGUCAAAGUUAAGUGGAAAAGCAGCAGCAUUUCUGUGCCUCCCACAGAGAAGAAAAGUUCCCGCCCCACAGGCAGAGGGGUAGAAGGACUCGCCAGAGUUGGGUCCCGAGCAGCACUCUCCUUUGCCUUUGCUUUCUUACGGAGGGCCUGGCGUUCAGGUGAGGAUGCUGAUCUCUGCAGUGAGCUCUUGCAAGAGUCCCUGGAUGCCCUUCAAGCUCUUCUUGAGGCCUCUCUCUUUGGUGAGAGCACAGUAUCUAUCAUCUGUGUGGUUGGAGGUGGUAGAGAGAGCCACGAGGUUCCUCAGAUCUGUUGUGACUGGGGAUGUUCAUGGAACACCAGGGACUAAGGGACCAGGAGGAGUUCCUUUACAGGACCAGCACUUGGCUUUGGCCAUCCUGCUGGAGUUGGCUGUCCAGAGAGGUACCCUUAGGGAUCAUUGCAAGAGGUCAUAGGUUGGGGGUUAAUAGGAUGGAAAUACUAUGCCAAUGUGAUUGGUCCAAUCCAGUGUGAAGGCCUUGCCAGUCUGGGGGUAAUGCAGGUGGCCUGUGCGGAAAAGCGUUUCUUGAUC